CAAAAAGUAUAAUUUAAUUUAAUUUAAUUUAAUUACUGUUCCUCUUCUUCUAUAAGUACUGAAGUUGGACGGGAAGAGAAACCACAAAUCAAAUCUACUUCUCGCCUUGCUUGUGAUCGCCGCUAGGGUUGUUGUCUACUGCUCCGCAGCGGAUUUUAUUUUAGCUCUCCAAGUCCCAUAGUUCCCUCAUUUUCUCCAAUAGCCCCAGUGUUCAUGUCUGAUCUUGAAGUUCAGACCCCAACAGCUUUUGAUGCUUUUGCCGAUGCAAAUGCUGAGGACUCCGGUGCUAAGGAGUAUGUACAUAUCCGCAUACAGCAACGGAACGGCAGGAAGAGUCUGACCACAGUGCAGGGAUUAAAAAAAGAGUUUAGCUAUAACAAGAUAUUGAAGGAUCUGAAGAAAGAAUUCUGCUGUAAUGGUACUGUGGUUCAGGACCCAGAGCUGGGACAGGUCAUUCAACUUCAAGGUGAUCAACGAAAGAACGUUUCCAGCUUUUUAGUUCAGGCUGGAAUUGUGAAGAAGGAGCAUAUUAAAAUUCAUGGUUUCUGAGUAAUUGCGAACACAUCUCUACUAUCCUACCCAAUAAGGUCUUCCAGUGUGCUGCUUCCUGUUGCAUGUUUCUAUACUCUGCUUUACCUUUAGGAGAGGCCAUUCCUGGAUGGCUUCUCUCUCUGAACUCACAUAUCUUAAAAACAUAUGCUGUUUGGAAUCCUAUGCCGUAGACUUGAAUCUCAUGUUAGUAUUUUGGUGCUUGAGUAAUCUUUGUUUACGCUUGAAGUGCUUAAUCAGUAUUACUAAACGGUUGCUCGACAUAUGCAUGUAAUGGCUAUGUGGAUGUUUAACUAUCUAUUGGUAAGCAUAAGAUGCAAUUAUAUGGUAA